AAUUUUGCAUGGUAUGGAGCCUUCUCACAAAGUGCCCUCAAGUUUCUUCAGAAAGUUGCUGUAUCCACCACAGGCGUCAAGCCAUUGAAAAGAGGGGGUCAGUUUCAGGGGUAUCACACUGGGAAUAUGACUCCCAUAGGAAGCCGUUUAGCCUCAGGGGGGCGGGAACUUGAUUCAUAUGGCCCAUAUUCCGGCCUGGAUAGUUCUUCCAUUCAGGGAAUAAACAUGCUCUUUGAUCAAGCCAUUGCAACCAGUUUACAGGUUUCACAGCUUAUGCUAGAGACCACCAGAAAAGCUCAUCCCGCUCUGGUGAAAAAGAUAAUAGAGCUCUCUAAGGAGUGUGACCGUCUAGGUCUCACCGGGGCCAACGUUUACAACUGCACUGGAUACGUUGCACCUGGACACCGUGACAAGGACGCUGCACCCAGUUUAUCAGUUCAGGCAUUUCUUGCUGCCAAUUCUCAAUACCAUGAAUUCAGCUUCUGUCACUAUGAACACCUUUAUUAUGUGGUAUCAAGAACAAACCUUCUCUGGAGCUUUGAUGCCAAUUUUGUUCAUGGUACUAUGCUCCCAAGCCAGAGGACACUUCGAAACUUGAACAGCCUUGCCUCCAGCUCCAUGUUGCACCAAAAAAGGGGUGUGACUGCCUCCAAUGGUCAUCACCUUACUGUCACUCGUAAAAAUUUGAAGAGGGCACAAGAAAAUGCAGCAAUCCGCAAGCAGUACCAAUUACGUGAGCAGUAUUGGGUUAAAUUACAAGAACAGUUACUUUAG